AUGCACCCCAACAUCCCGAAGGUGCUGGCCAUCAACAGCGCCCUCCCGUCUAUGCCCAUUCUCAUGGAGUUGGGCUUCUGCGACACGGUGGAUGUGCUGGAGAGCACCGACGUGCCAAUGCCCCACAAAAUGGGCAUUCUCUACGAUGCAGCGUGCGGCCUGGCGCACAUUCACGACGACGGCAUGAUCCACCGCGACAUCAAGGCCGCCAACAUCGUUGUGAUGGUGAAUGAGGACGGCAGUGCGUCGGGAAAGGUGGCCGAUUUUGGGCUCACGUGCGGUGAGUGCUGUUACUUUGUAACAUAG